CUAAAAGGGAAGUUCUGUACCUACAGACCUGCAAAAAGUAGCACAGACUGCUGAAAGGAAAAUUCAUAGGAGAGAAUCUCAGAAGGAGAGUGACUAUGAACCUGAUUCCAAGCUUCUCCACAGACACCUGGGUUCUGCUGGCUACUAUCCUGGGGCUCCUCUAUCUAUAUGGGACCUAUACACAUGGGCUUUUUAAAAAACUAGGAAUUCCUGGGCCAACACCUCUGCCUUUUUUGGGAAAUGUCCUCAGCUAUCGUAAGGGUUUUUGGGAUUUUGACAAGACAUGUUUUAAAAAGUAUGGAAAAAUAUGGGGGUUUUACGAUGGUCGACAGCCUGUGUUGGCCAUCACGGAUCCAGAGAUGAUCAAAACAGUAUUAGUGAAAGAAUGUUAUUCCCUCUUCACAAACCGGCGGCCUGUUGGUCCAGUGGGAAUUUUGAAAAGUAGCAUCACUUUAUCUGAGGAUGAACAAUGGAAAAGAAUGCGAACGUUGCUGUCUCCAACUUUCACCAGUGGAAAGCUCAAGGAGAUGUUCCCCACCAUUAGUCAGUAUGGAGAUGUGUUGGUGAGGAACCUGAGGAAGGAAGCAGAGAAAGGCAUGCCCAUCACCUUAAAAGAGUUCUUUGGGGCCUACAGCAUGGAUGUGAUUACUGGCAUAUCAUUUGGAGUGAACAUUGAUUCCCUCAACAACCCACAACAUCCCUUUGUGGAAAACUGCAAGAACAUCUUAAAAUUUCAUUUCUUCGAUCCACUCACUAUCUUAUUAUUACUCUUGCCAUUCCUUAGCCCAGUUUUGGAGGUAUUGAAUAUACUUGUGUUUCCAGUAAGUGCUAUUAAAUUUUUCACAAAGUCUAUAAAAACAAUAAAAGAAAGUCGCCUCAAAGAUAAACAAAAGCAACGAGUGGAUUUUCUUCAAUUGAUGAUUAACUCCCAGAAUUCCAAAGAAAUGAGCAGAUAUAAAGCUCUGUCUGAUCUGGAGCUGGUGGUCCAAUCUAUUAGCUUUAUUUUUGCUGGCUAUGAGACUACUAGCAGUUCUCUUUCCUUCCUUACGUAUGCCUUGGCCACUCACCCUGAAGUCCAGGAGAAACUGCAGGAGGAGAUUGAUUUGGCUUUCCCCAAUAAGGCACCUCCCACCUAUGAUGCCCUGUUACAGAUGGAUUAUCUUGACAUGGUGUUGAAUGAAAAUCUCAGAUUAUUCCCAAUUGCUGUUAGACUUGAGAGAGUCUGUAAGAAAAAUGUGAAGAUCAAUGGGGUGUUCAUUCCCAAAGGGACAGUGGUGAUGGUGCCAAACUUUCUCCUUCACCGAGACCCGGAGUUCUGGCCAGAGCCUGAGGAGUUCCAUCCUGAAAGGUUCAGUAAGAAGAACAAGGACAGAAUAAAUCCUUAUGUAUACUUGCCCUUUGGAACUGGACCCAGAAACUGCAUUGCCAUGAGAUUCGCUAUCAUGAACAUGAAACUUGCUGUUGUCAAGUUGCUGCAGAACUUCUCCUUCAAACCUUGUGAAGAAACACAGAUCCCCCUGAAAUUAUGCAAUCAAGGGCUAAUGGAACCACAAAAACCCAUUGUUCUAAAGGUUGAAUUCAGAGACAGAACCGUGAGUGGCCCCUGAUUUUCCUAAGGACUUCCAUUUUGUUCUUCAAGGAAGCUGUGUCCCAGAACACCAGAGACCUCAAUUUACUUUGUGAAUAAACCCCAGUAUAAAGAUGAGCUUACUACUGCCCUUGAUGGAUGCCUGGGUAUCCUUACAUUCAUUGAGCUUCCUCGGUGUCUAAGUAGAGUGUUAUUUGUUGUGUGAUAUAAAUGAAGAGGCUGAGUAAUUGCCAUAUAUGUGAACUCACCUUAUCUGGUUCUCACAGGAUGAUCUACACCCAGCCCUAGUUAGUACCACAUACUUUCCCUGAGCACUGAUCAGGAAUAAAAGUUUCUCAACUAUUUUAACAAAGUUUAAUGAAAAUGAGAAUUAUUGUGCUAACUGCAGUAGAGACAUUUAUGUGUUCAUUUUGUAUCCUCUAUAAACUAUUAUACUGAGCAUGUCAUUAAACAUCUCUUCACAAAAGUA